AUGGACGAGUUCGUGAUCGUAUUCCUGCUGACAAUACGCGAUUUCGACUUUACUUGCGCGGAUCUGAAACCCAACAAGACGCCUCGAGCAGAGUGGAAUAAUCUGGAUCUGACAUUCGGCGAUCGCGCCUACCAGGAAUUUGUUUUCGAGGCCAAACCACGAGAUGGCAUGCCGAUGACCAUUUUGCAAGUACCAUGGGGCUCCGCAUGCGGCUCGGGUACAAUCUUGGCUGCCGUAUGCCUCUGGGCCAAGCAUCGGGAGUGGCUUCGGACACAAGACUGGCUCGGCGCUCGGAAAUAA